AUGUCGAGUUUUCCAGAUGGCGCCAGCCAAAGUCACGCUUGGAGCUACGUGCUUUACUUGCUGCGAUCGAUUGAGCGCCUUGCAGACAUCACAUCUUAUUGCCAUCCUGUGCGGUUGCUCGGUGAUGGGCCGGAAUGCAAGGACAGUGAUCUCUGGCUUCUGGCCCAGGGACAUGAGUUGUGGAACACUUCCUUCGUGGACGCAGGUACACCAUCGUGGCCACGAGAUGAAAUCGUGCCAUAUAUACAUGGCGUUUUGCAUUGGGCCGCUGCAACGGUCAUUUGCAAUCGACGGCUGUUUACAUGCAGACGGCAGGCCGUUGCACGGACGGUCAAGAAGGGAAUGGGAGCAACUGCGCUUGCUUUGCGUUUGCACGACCGAUUUCCUGCAACAUGUGCGGCGGAGAGAACAAGCUUGCGGAAUGCAUUCGACAAGCUGAAGCGAUCGCUAUUGCGGAAUGCGGUGGCUGAAGGCAAUCGACACAGGUUGGCAACAGCAACGACCUGCGUUUCUGAGGAGCUUGUGUCAGCACAGCAAGAGAGAUACAAAGACUCAGCGCCGCGGGUGCCGCGAGCAGAGGAAGCCCCACAGGCGACGCAGGCAACGCAGGCGACAGCAACGGCAGCGAUGCUUGAAUUCCAAGUCACAGAAACUGCGCAGCACGUCGAUGCAUCACCGCGGCAUGAAGGGCAAACACAAGCAACGAAUCGUGAACCUGAUGAGCCCCUUGGGUGUCUUUCCAUGCAUUUCCCAAGCUGGAAGACCGAAUUCAGCCUCUCAGCUUCUUGA